AUUGGUUCUUACAGUAAAAUUAGAAUCUCGGGACAAGCGAUGUUCCAUGCGGAUACCACAAUUCCACGAAUUUACUAUAUAUACGGCAACUUUUCCCCAUUCUUUUUUUCUUAUUAUUAUCAUCUAUUAAAUCAUCUAUUUAACACUUGCAAAAUGAAGUUUAUCUCUGCUCUUACCAUUGCUUUAUGUGCCGUUGUUGUUUCUGCUGCUCCCCAUGGCGGUGAUACUGAUGUUGAAAUCCAUGAUCAGAGCAAUAACCCAAAGUCCCAAAUCAAUCAAUAUCGUGUUGAUAAAGUAGCUAACGGCGGCUUACUCGGGAUUCUUGGAAUUAAUGGUAUAGAGAUUCCUGUCGCUGUUCUUUCACCUAACAGCAAUAACAAGGACGAUCGCCAACAGGCUCAAAUCAUCAACUAAUUCAUCUCAAUUAUAUUAUUCUUUCUAUCUUAAACAUGCAGUACUCAAUGUUUACACCAACCGCGCCCCUAUUAUAGCUAAUAAGUUUUAUUUUUUAUAAGCUUAAUAAAUAAAAUAUAAAUUUUUUUCCUAUAA